CUUUUAAUACAGUUUUCUUAGAGGUUUCGUGGCGUUCGGAUAAUCCUUGUUAGCAAAAGUGCCCGCAGCAGUUUGGGUGUUUAGAAACUAGACCAUUCUAGACUCGGCAGUGAUUCGGUGUGAAUAACUCUAAAGUUCUGGACAUUCCUUUCGCUGGAAAGCGUGUGAAGUGACUAUUCCUUGUGGAAAAGGACAUUUUCGGUUUCAUUUGUGGUUUCAUUUUUUCGGAAGCGGAAACGUGAAAUUUUCAUAGUGUUAAUCAUGAAGUACAGCAUAGUUUUUGUGGUUGCUUUGUUUGGAGCCGCAAUGGCCCAGGAAAGCUUCAAAUGUCCAGACGACUUUGGCUUCUACCCACAUCACACAUCCUGCGACAAAUACUGGAAGUGCGACAACAACGUGGCCGAGCUGAAAACCUGCGGCAAUGGGCUUGCCUUCGACGCGACAGACUCCAAAUACCUGACGGAGAACUGCGACUAUCUGCACAACGUGGAUUGCGGUGACCGCACGCAGCUCGAACCACCAAUUUCCACCCCACAUUGCGAGCGCCUGUACGGUAUUUUUGCUGACGCCGGAAAGUGCGACGUUUUCUGGAACUGCUGGAACGGUGAAGCCUCUCGCUACCAGUGCUCUCCCGGAUUGGCCUACGAUCGUGAAGCCCGUGUCUGCAUGUGGGCCGAUCAGGUUCCGGAGUGCAAGAACGAAGAAGUGGCCAACGGAUUCACCUGCCCAGCUGCUGGCGAAAUCUCGAACGCUGGAUCGUUCUCGCGACAUGCUCACCCAGAGGACUGCCGAAAAUACUACAUUUGCCUGGAUGGUGUUGCCCGCGAAUACGGAUGCCCAAUCGGAACCGUCUUCAAGAUCGGUGAUGCUGAUGGCACUGGAAACUGCGAAGACCCAGAAGAUGUUCCCGGAUGUGAGGAUUACUACGGUGAUUUGGACUUGAAAAGCAUCCGUAAGAGCGAACUCCUUGCCGGUCUAGCCCUCCAGAACGGUUCUGGACAAGGAACCAAAGCUCAUACCAAAUCCAACCGCCCUGUCGGCAAGGAAAACUAAAAAGCAUCAGUGAUUCUUACAAUCUCUAGCUUUUUCCCCCAAAGGAAAGAAUAGAAACAAACAAACAAACAAAAACACACACCCCCACAAACAAAAAAACACAAAUGUACACUUCAACCGAGACCUAGUUGAGAGACCUUGUAGACGCUAGGAGAGCGUUAGCGGAACUAGUAUCUAAGAAGUCGUCGAAAAGAUUUUUGGAACAUCCUCCGAUCAAACAUCCGAUUCCCUCGCGGAGGGUUGAUAGACUGUUAUUAAAGUAAAGAUUUUAGAUAAGUGAUAGUCAGAGAGGAAAUACUCAAUUAACUGCUGAAAUUUCUGUGGAACAUAAGUAUUUGAGUACUUUUUUAAAAAACAAGAUUGAUUUUGAGAAAUUAUAUAUCUCUAGUGAGGUGAGCUUCGCUUUUAACAGAGACACGAGUUUUAAUUUAUUUAUUUUCCUUACCCUUCUUAUAUUGUUAAGAAGACGCAGUGAAGCACUCAAAACCUUUCAAUAGUGUACUUUUCAUACCCUUUAAUGUGGAAAACAAAUCUGCCAUUACCUUGUUCCUUCUCUUAGGAUCCUCUAUGAAAUACCUUAGCAAAACAGAACCUCUCAUUUGAUAACAAUUUUCACCGACUGAGGAGUACUGCCUCGAAAAACAAAUUUCAACUUUUCUAUGAAAAAGAGAUUUCAUUUGUAUGUAAAAAUCGGAAAAUUCAAAUCCUUACACCGAAACCUAAGAAGAUGAAAAAAAAAACAAUAAAAAAUAAAUGGAAAAUAAAAACAACUAAA